UCCCUAGGACAACGGCUCCGUUUUGCUUUUCAUAUAAAAGACAUAGUCCGAGUCGAUAAUAGUAUCAGUCACCUGCUCUGAUUAAGUGCAAAAUGUUCACCAAAGUGGUCGCCCUUAGCGCCGUGUUGGCCGCUGCCAACGCCGGUCUGCUGCCGCUGCACCACGGGGCUAUCUCCUCGCAGAGCAUCAUCCGCCACGAUGCGCCCGUGCACUAUGCUCCUGCUCACUAUGCCCCCAUCGCACACCAUGCCCCCUUAGUCCACGCCGCUCCCCUCAUCCACCACGCUCCCGUCGUCCACGCUGCCCCCAUUGUCCACGCUGCCCCUAUCCAUCUUGAGCACUCCCACCCCAAAUACGACUACGCGUACUCCGUGGCGGACCCGCACACCGGCGACCACAAGAGCCAGCACGAGUCCCGCGACGGUGGCGCCGUGCACGGCAGCUACUCCCUGGUCGAGCCCGACGGCUCCGUGCGCAAGGUCGAGUACACCGCUGAUGACCACCAUGGUUUCAACGCCGUCGUCCACAAGACCCCCGGCCACCACCCCGCCCCCGUGGUGCAUGCCGCCCCCCUGGUCCACGCCGCCCCCCUCGCGCACAUCGCCAUUGCCCCCCUCGCGCAUGGCCAUCAUGGACUCCACUACUAAACGGCUUAGCUUUAUUCUCGUGAUGGAUGACUGAUGAUUGUGAUAUUUAUGUGUGCAUAAUGAUGAUGAUGAUGAGAAAUGUGAUUUUAUACUCAACUGUAAAUAAAUACUCAGCUGCUGAACAGUA